GACGUCGCUGUUCCACUAUCUGUUCAAGCCGUACGUGAUGCAAAUGUGGCUGACCGACUCGUCGACGGCGCCUGCUGUCGGGGAUGCUGACCCCACGGUGACAGUGGAGACCGUGACGCUGUUCGCUCAGCUGCAGAAGAGCUCGUUCCGGCUAUCCGACGUGUCACCUCCUACCCAGGCGAUGCACCCCAUGGUGUCGUUCCAGGCCCGUGACCGCCACUAUUUCAUUCACCCGGAGGCCUUCGAGGACCAGAACCUACUGAACAAGCUCGUUGGAGCUGGAAAGCGCAAGUGAAACUAGAGGUGCGAGCGAUCUCAACCUGUGCAGGGCGAAAACGCGAUAUAGAGCUAUCGAGUUAAGAGGGUGCUUUCAGCUUGAUACCUACGCUGUUAUUGCUUGUGAAUUUCUUACGACGAUGAUACCAUUCCACGGGCGCGUUAUUACCACC